CUUUGAGGAGGAUAUAAAAGCUCAGAUCACCCACAGCCCUUCAUCCACUGCUCCUGUUCCCAUCCCUGCAGCGAACCAGUUUAGCUUCAAAGUCCUUUCUGCUGUGCCCUGCAGCCUCCCAGCACAGAAGGAUGUCCUACUCCAGCCAGUCCUGCGGCGUCAGCUGCCCCCAGCCCAUCGCCGAGAGCACCAACGAGCCGUGUGUGCAGCAGUGCCCCGACUCCAGAGCCCUGAUCCUGCCCCCGCCGGUGGUGGUGACCAUCCCAGGCCCCGUGCUCAGCACCUGCCCCCAAGAGAGCGUUGUGGGAUCGUCGGGCCCAGCCUUGCCGGGGCGUUCCUUCAGUUCCCGCAGCUCGCAGGGCUACGGGGGCUCCUUUGGGCUGGGAGGAUCUGGGGGUUCUGGGGGCUAUUUGGGCUCCUCUGGCUAUGGGGGCUCCUUUGGGUGGGGACCUUAUGGAGGUUCACAGGGCUAUGGGGGUUCCUUUGGGUUGGGUGGCUCCCGUGGUUAUAGGGGCUCCUUUGGGUCUGGAGGUUAUGGGGGCUAUGGGAGCUAUGGGGGCUCCCAGGGCUAUGGGGGUUUCUCAGGCUAUGGGGGCUCCCUUGGAUAUGGGGGCUCCCAGGGCUAUGGGGGCUCCCUUGGCCUGGGAAGCUGUGGGGGCUAUGGGGGCUCCCAGGGCUAUGGGGGCUCCCUUGGCUACGGCCAUUCCCUGGGCUAUGGAGGUGACACUGGCUAUGGGGGCUCCUUUGGGGGCUAUGGGGGCUCCUUUGGGGGCUAUGGGGGCUCCCUGGGGGGCUAUGGGGGCUCCUUUGGCAAUUGUGGGAGGUCCUACAGCUCUGGCUUCUCCUCACGGGGCCUGGGCUAUUCCCUGCCUGGCUCCCAGAGAUGGAGCAGGUCCCGCCGUGGGAGCUGUGGGUUUUUCUAAAGCCCCCCCUGGCAGUGCCAGCCUCCAGAGGCAGUGCCAGCCCUGGAGCCUGGCCCAGGCCAUGGGGACACCGGGCAGGAGUCACUGGCAGUGGCAGCUGAGUGUGCCCAGCAACGCUGGGUGUGCCCUGAGCCCUCCAUCCCCUCUCUGUGCCCUGAGCCCUCCAUCCCUCGGCGUUCCCUGAGCCCUCCAUCCCCUCUCUGUGCCCGGACCCCUCCAUCCCUGGCUUGUCCUGGUCCUGAGCUGGUCCCUGCUCCCAGAGCCCGAGUUCUGCAUUCCCUGCUGCCCCUGGGAUCGCCUGGAUUCCCUGCCUUCGGCUGUUGCUAUUCUCUCUGACAUUAAACCCCUGUUGGUGUUGCACAAAAGUC